AUGGAAGACAAGCCGGUGACGUUAAGGCACUUCGCCAAAUCUAUCUACCUGACUGCGGGUCAGCCGGGUCACAUUGUUUGCUGUCUGUCGGGCUUUCCCGGGAUCACGCAGGUCAUGUGGCAUCGAAGUCCACCUUCCGGUAUGGUGGGGUUGGAACGAGCUGAGAAGAUCUCUACAGGCUUGCAGUCCCUUUCCAACCAUCCCUUUUCCACUCAAGAGCUUGUACGAACCUCACAUCCCCUAAACGGCGUGACUUGCUACAAAAAACUGAUUGCGAGUGUUGGGCCGGAAAUGUCGGGUGCCUACACUUGCCAGGCAAAGAAUGCUCUCGGAUGGGGAUCUCUUUCAAAGCCUUUCAAUGUCUUUGUCAAAGUCCAGCCACAUUUUACGCAGAAACCUGACAAAUUUCCAAGUCGUGAAGUUACCUUCGCCGAGGUUUUGCGGAGUUGCAAAGCUGCAGGCUUUCCGCCGCCCGAGAUAAAAUGGGUCAAAUACGUCCUAAAGGCCCCAAAACACAUGAAGCGAAAUAUCUCCACCUCCUCCGAAAUGGCACAGACGGGGGAGGAGUGGAUGUUGUGCCCCGUGGAGAGCAGAACCCUCUGUUGGACAGCCGAGAGGCAUGAGGUGGCUAUAUCGAAGGCGACGCAGGAGUCUGGCAUCUUCGCGUGUACAGCCUCCAACGACUUGGGCUCCCAAAUCGCUCUGACGAAUCUCGUCACACCAAAACUAUCCUCCGAGUGGCGGUUCUCUUUGGAAACAAUCUCCCCACAAUUAAUACGAUCAGGGGAAUUCAAGGUUCUUGGCCUCUCCUCCAACAUAUUGACUGCCGUGAGGGUUUUCGUGAGGUGUUCACGGCGUCAGCCGGUUGUGAGCAACACCGUCUACGCCUGGACAAGGGCUCCAACUGACAGUCUUGAAUGCUCUUCUACCAAAACUCGUCAAGAACCAAAUUCAGGUACACAGUCCCCAUUUUUCGAGUUUGCUGAAUUCUCUUUCAAACAGAGCAGAUCGUGGAUUGAUCAUUGCAGUGAUUCACCAUCCGUCUUCAAAACAACCACCUCCGCCCCCAACACCGUCGACGCUACCUCCGAGGUGAAGGGUGGCCUUCAGUUAGUGGCUCAAGUGCCAGAACAGUUACGCCUGCCUGAGCUGAGCUUUCAGAGGUUGGAUGAUACUCAGACGGUAACAGUCAUUAAAAAUUCCAUUGAUGACCGUAGAGUACUCGAGGAUGCUCCCACCGAAAGAUUCAAUGUGUCGUUUUAUCCGCAUCUUGGGGUCUUCAACCUUCGGCAACUACGCCAGAGUAGAAGGACAUGCUCUCCGCCUAAGAUUGGUUCAAAACACAAAAGCUGCGAAGCCAGUCCUCAGGGGUAG